GUACCACCCCUGCUUAGCGCAAAGUCAUCGCGACAUGACGCGGAGAGAAAAAUGCUGGGACAAUAAUUUCCACUUUAACCAAGAUUUGGCAGUGCUGUCCAGGCGAAUUCGGAGAAACCUGGGCUAUUUCCCCGGCCGACUGCCGUACAUUUCUGGUCCUGAGCCUAAGCUUAUAUCAAUCUAGCUCCGUCCCACCCCUCUUCUCCCUGGUCUUCCUCUUCAUCUCCAUCCAUUCUUUCUUUCUUUGCUUUGUCUUCUUCAUCUCUGUUUUCUCUCGACAGAGCUCUUGAUCAUCAUGAAGACCACUGCUCUUGUCUCUGCCGUCCUGCUUGCAGGCGGUGCUGACGCUUCUACUCGCCGCUUCGUCAAUGGCACUGGCGCCGGUAACGGUACUACCGCCGCUGGCGAUCUCCCCACGUCUCCUCCCUACUACCCUUCCCCAUGGAUGGACCCCCAGGCUCCUGGAUGGGAGGAUGCCUACAACAAGGCCCGCAACUUUGUUAGCCAGCUCACCCUCGAGGAAAAGGUUAACCUCACCACCGGUGUCGGAUGGAUGAGCGAAAAGUGUGUCGGCAACGUCGGUUCCAUUCCUCGCAUGGGCCUCAAGAGCUUGUGUAUGCAGGAUGGACCUCUCGGUCUCCGCUUCAGCGACUACAACAGCGCUUUCCCUACCGCCUUGACCAUUGGUGGCCACUUCAGCCGUCACCUCUGGCGCGACCGUGGUAACGCCAUGGGUUCCGAGGCCCGCGACAAGGGUGUCGAUGUCCUUCUUGGCCCUGCCUCUGGUCCUCUUGGCCGCUUCGCCAUGGGCGGUCGCAACACUGAGGGCUUCGGCUCCGACCCUUACCUCCAGGGCCAGGCUCUCUCCAACACUGUCCAAGGUAUCCAGGGCGCUGGCACCAUUGCUUGCGCCAAGCACUACAUUGGUAACGAGCAGGAGCACUUCCGUCAGCCCGAGAACGGUCUUCCCUCCCUCUCCUCCAACAUCAACGACAAGCUCAUGCACGAGUAUUACGCUUGGCCCUUCCAAGAUGCCGUCAAGGCUGGCGUCGGCGCCAUCAUGUGCUCUUACCAGCAGGUCAACAACUCUUACGGCUGCAGCAACUCCAAGACUCUCAACGGUCUCCUCAAGGACGAGUAUGGCUUCCAGGGCUUCGUCAUGAGCGAUUGGCAAGCCCAGCACUCUGGUGUUGGCACUGCUCUCGCCGGUCUCGAUAUGACCAUGCCUGGUGACACCGUCUUCAACACCGGUCUCAGCUACUGGGGUGCCAACUUGACUGUUGCUGUCGUCAAUGGCACCAUUCCCCAGUACCGUGUUGACGACAUGGCCAUGCGUAUCAUGGCUGCUUACUUCAAGGUCGGCAAGACCAUUGAGAACCAGAUUGAGACUAGCUUCUCUUCCUGGUCCCGCGACUCUCACGGCUUCCGCAUUGCCAGCGUCCAGGAGGACUACGAGCAGAUCAAUCUCGGUGUUGACGUUCGCCGCAACCACGCCAACCACAUCCGCGAGUCUGCUGCCAAGGCUUCCGUCAUCCUCAAGAACAACGGUGUCCUGCCCCUCAACAAGCCCAAGUUCAUCGCUGUCAUUGGUGAGGAUGCUGGUCCCAACCCCAAGGGCCCCAACGGUUGCGACGACCGUGGUUGCGACGACGGUACUCUUGCCAUGGAGUGGGGUUCUGGUACUUCCAACUUCCCCUACCUCAUCACCCCCGACACCGCUAUCCAGAACCAGGCUAUCAAGGACGGUACUCGCUACGAGAGCGUCCUCAGCAACUACCAGACCAAGGCCACCAAGAACCUCGUUAGCCAGCCUAACUGCACUGCCAUCGUCUUUGCCAACGCCAACAGUGGUGAAGGCUACAUCAACGUUGAUGGCAACGCUGGUGACCGCAAGAAUCUGACUCUCUGGAAGAACGGUGAUGACCUCAUCAAGACUGUUGCCUCUGUCAACCCCAACGUCGUCGUUGUUCUCCACACCACUGGUGCUGUCCUCGUUAAGGACUGGUACAACCACCCCAACAUUUCUGCCAUUGUCUGGGCUGGUCAGCCCGGCCAGGAGUCUGGUAACUCUCUCGUUGACAUUCUCUACGGCAAGACUAGCCCUGGUCGCUCUCCCUUCACCUGGGGUGCUACCACCGAGAGCUACGGCAACGGCAUCAUCUACAAGCCCAACAACGGCAAGGAUGCUCCUCAGGAUGCUUACGCCGAGGGCCCCUUCUUCGACUACCGCCAUUUCGACAAGGAGGACCCUGGCAAGCCUGGUUCCAGUGACAAGGCUCCCAUCUACGAGUUCGGUCACGGUCUGAGCUGGUCUACCUUUGAGUACUCCAACCUCAAGGUUGUCAAGAAGAACGACCGCCCCUACACCCCUACUAAGCGUACCGGUAUCCCCGCUCCCACCUUCGGUACCUUCAGCAAGGACCUUAAGGACUACGGCUUCCCUGCUGGCAUCCGCUACAUCCGCGAAUAUAUCUACCCCUACCUCAACAACACCUCUUCCGGCAAGGACGCCACUGGCGAUCCCGACUACGGUAUGAAGCCCGAAGACUUCACUCCUCCUCACUCCCGCGACGACUCUGCUCAGCCCAAGCACCCCGCUGGUGGUGAGCCCGGUGGUAACCGCGAGCUCUGGGAUGUCAUCUACGAGGUCACCUGCACCAUCACCAACACCGGCAAGGUCAUGGACGACGAGAUUCCCCAGCUCUACCUCAGCCACGGUGGCAAGGAUGAACCCGUUCGUGUCCUCCGUGGUUUCGACCGCAUUGAGCGCAUUGCUCCCGGCCAGGCCGUCACCUUCCGUGCUGAGCUCACCCGCCGUGACAUCAGCAACUGGGAUGUUGUUACCCAGAACUGGGUCGUCACCGAUGCCCCCAAGAAGAUUUGGAUCGGCCGCUCUUCGCGCAACCUUGUCCUUGAGGCCAGCCUUUAAGUGACAUGGUGACAUGGAGGAAAAACAGUUGACGUGACGUAUAUCAGUAUUCUUAUUCAAUGUAUUUAAUUUUUAUUUUGGACCUGAAAGAAAGGAAAAUAACAGAGUUCUUUUUUCUUUU